GCUAAGUCCAACCACUCAAUCAUACAUAAAUGGACAACCUCUUCAAAAGCUUAUUGGAAAGACCCAUCUAAAGGGACUACCCCAACAUUACACAAGAAUUAUAUUCACCCCACUCAAAAAAAAUAAAAAUACCCACAUUAUUUUCAUACUAGAAUCAAUCAAUACUUCAAAUUAUAUAUCAAAUCAAAUCAAUCAAUCAAUCAUGUUGGGAAAGCGAUCCCGACCAGCAAUCGGAAAGCUAGCCGGAGUGCUAAAAUCAGGGAUCGUGGACUCGAUAACGAGUCCACGUAGUCCCUUAGAUUGUAAGGUGUUGCAAUCCCCAAGAAGGUUAAAAAACUAUUGUAUUGAUCAAAAAGGAGGUGGUGUUGGGUUAGGCAUAAUUGUAGCCCUAGACAACAAGUCUAGUGGUAGUACUAAGAAUGAUGUUGGUUCAUGUGGUGGUGAAAUUCUAGCCAAAUAUGCUAUUUGUAGCCAAAAUUGGAGCCGUUGGAAUCCAAUUAAUGUUAAGAAUCCAUCGUAUGUGCAAAAUGAUGAGAAAAAUUUAUGCAUUGAAGAUGAAAUGUUGGAAGAAGAAUUCACUUAUGUUACAUGUCAUGGAGCAAAUAAAUCUACUACUAGGGUUAGGGUUUAUUAUUGUGGAAAUGAAUUUGCCCAUCAACCUAAAGUUUGCGACAAAAUAAGUGUUUUUAACAUCUCUUCUCCUGCAAAAUUUUCAGAUGAUUUUUGUGAUUCUGAAUCUGAUUUCCUUAGUUCAUGUUACUUGUGUAAGAAAGGUCUUCAUGGCAAGGAUAUUUACAUGUAUAGGGGGGAAAAGGCAUUUUGUAGUGAAGAAUGCAGGCAAAGACAAAUAAUGAAUGAUGAAAGGAAAGAUAAAUGCAGAUCAGAAGCUUCUAGAUCUGUGGAACUUUCAUCUUCACCAUAUGGUUAUGCUAAUACUCCUAGAGGCCAGAUCUUCUCAACUGGGAUUGUAGCUAUUUGAUGUAGUAUAUUAUCUGUAAUAAUUUUCUCUUACUAUGAAGAUUAUAUAUUAUUAGUAUUAUAAUUA